GGCAUGUGUUAUUUAAGGACAUUUGUAAACGCUUGGUUUACAAAAUGAGAAAUCUUCACAAAUCAGUAAAUUUCAAAAAAGAUAAAUAUUACACAAUCUAGGAUUGUUUGUUUAGGCAAAAUCUCUUGGCUAACCAUUCACUGGCACUUUGAUCAAUUGGGAAAUCACAGCCCAUUACAAAAAAAAGCGAAAAUUAAAUCAAUACGUACAUUACUGACCAAAGUUUCAGUUCCCUUGGUCAUAAAACCACUGCAGUCACCUGUAAAUUAACUGUGAAGGAGUUUGACACAUUUUGCAAAAAAUGCUAAUCUAUCUGAGGAAUGUGUACAAGGCAGCAACUUUAAGAAAAAACAUGUCCAUUGUGCGCUAUUUUAGUUUGUCAAAUAAUCACGCACAACUAAAAGGACGUGACCUUCUAACGUUGAAAAAUUACACUUCUGAAGAAAUAAAAUAUCUCCUGUGGGUGUCGGCCGAUCUUAAAUGCAGAAUAAAACAAAAAGGAGAGUACAUGCCAUUGCUCCAAGGAAAAUCACUUGCCAUGAUAUUUGAAAAAAGAAGCACCAGAACAAGACUCUCCACCGAAACUGGAUUUGCUUUACUUGGAGGUCACCCUUGUUUUCUUACAACUCAAGAUAUUCAUUUAGGCGUCAAUGAGAGUUUGAAAGAUACAGCAAGGGUGCUAUCUGGGAUGACUGAUGCAGUUUUAGCACGAGUUUACAAACAAUCUGAUUUGGAUUUACUGGCCAAAGAAGCAACGAUCCCAAUAGUGAAUGGAUUAUCAGACUCCUAUCACCCUAUCCAGAUCCUAGCUGAUUACCUGACCCUACAGGAACAUUUUGGGCAUCUGAAUGGACUGACUUUAUCGUGGAUUGGUGAUGGGAACAAUAUUCUACACUCAAUCAUGCUGAGUGCGGCCAAAUGUGGAAUGCACUUACGUGUUGCAACCCCAAAGGGUUAUGAAGCUGAUUCUUCAGUAACUGCAGCAGCUGAACAGUUUGCUAAAGAGUUUGGCACCAAACUAUUUAUCACAAAUGAUCCCCUGGAAGCUGCAAAUGGAGCCAAUGUAUUGAUUACAGACACGUGGGUAAGCAUGGGACAAGAAGCAGAAAAAAAGAAACGCGUGAAGGAUUUCAAAGGUUACCAGAUCACAAUGAAGACAGGGAAAGUUGCAUCACCCGACUGGGUAUUUCUCCAUUGCUUGCCAAGAAAGCCAGAAGAAGUUGAUGAUGAAGUUUUCUAUUCUCCAAAGUCCUUGGCUUUCCAAGAAGCAGAAAACAGAAAAUGGACUAUCAUGGGCGUGAUGGUUUCUGUGCUGACUGAUUAUUCUCCACAAAUCCCAAAGCCUUCGGUUUAAUUCCUGAUGCAUGUCAGCCAGCUAUUGGUUACAAUGGUCACAAUGUGGGAAGAACAAAGCCUAUCUGAAAGCAUCAAAAUAAAUGAAUUAUUUUUUCCCCCCUCAAGUA